UGGCACCGACGAUGCACAGAUGUGGGAAUGACUGGGGGAGUGCGUGGGUGCUGACGGGAAUCUGGACAAAACGUCUCGAGUGUUUAGGGAAAGGUUAAGGAAGCAGCCCACUUUAAGAAGGAGAGAAGGGGUUACACAGAAGAAAAGAAGACCGCUUAUAUUUCUGAACAGUCAUCUGCCACAGGACCCCAUGGAUCUAGGACAGUAUAUAAUCCUCUGCAUUUGUGCUGUAAAUGCAGUUGUCUGGGGAUGUCCACAGAAAUGCCAGUGCAAAAACAACAAGACUUUGUGCAAGGGAUAUGAAAUGAAAGAUUUCCCUUCCCCCAUUCCCGUAAAUACGAACGCUCUGGUCAUUACCGAAACUAACAUCACCUCACUGAAACCAGUUCAUUUUGGAGCCUUCUCUGAGACGCUUACAGUGUUUUCAGUAUUGGAUUCAAGGAUAAGAGAGGUGCAACCUCACACCUUUGAUGAGACACCCCACCUAAUCAACUUAACGCUUUCAGCAUCUGAGCUAUCUUCUCUACCAGAGGACCUGUUUCAGAAAUCGCAGUCACUGGAGAAUCUGAUUCUGAGCAACAACAAACUAAAUACACUCCCUUCAUCCCUGCUCGCUCCUCUUCAAGCCCUGAAAUUAUUGGACCUGAGGAAAAACAAGCUGAAAUCUAUUCCAGAGGAGGCUUUUCGGGGUCUGACUCACCUGGAGAACCUCGUGUUGCAGGAAAACAACAUCACGAACCUGCACUCGGGUACCUUCCGUGGACUUCGCAAGCUCAAGACCUUGUCCCUAAAACAGAACAAGCUGGAAGUGAUCCCAAGCAAUAUCUUUGAGCAUCUGGAGAACCUUGAGUUCUUGCAUCUGCAGAACAACGUCAUCACACACUUACCUGCGGAACUUUUCGCACACCAACGGAAGCUCCAAAAGCUCUACCUCUCUAACAAUUUGCUGUCUGUCCUUCCUGAAGGUAUCUUCUUGAACAUGCCCAAGCUACAGAAGAUCUCACUUUUUGAUAACCAGCUGCAGACACUGUCUCCCAACACCUUCGGUCCCAUGCCCCUGCUCGAGGAGCUGUGGCUGUAUGACAACAAUUUAACACGUCUUGAUGAAAACGUCUUCAGCAGUUUAACUCAUAUCAAACUUCUAGUGCUCAGCAGGAACCAGAUCUCGUACAUCUCUCCUGGUGCCUUCAAUGGAUUGAUCGAGCUGGAAGAAAUUUCUUUACAGGCCAACCACCUGACAAGCCUCGAGGAAGGAGUAUUCAGAGGUCUUCCUAAUUUGGCCAAAAUAUCGUUGAGAAACAAUCAGAUUCAGCACCUUCCUGGGAAGCUUCUCCAUGGCCUUUCAUAUUUAAAGCAUCUGGAGCUUCAAAACAAUUCUCUACUCUAUUUAUCCGAGGAGCUUUUAGACUCGCUAACCAAUGCUACCAAUGUAGUGCUAUUUGAAAAUCUCUGGAGGUGCGACCGGGACAUUGUACCACUUCGAGACUGGCUAUCGAAGUACCAAGAAAAAGCAAAUAACGCCUCAUCCAUCAAGUGCUUUAGUCCCUCCUGGCUGAUGAACAUCAGUAUUAUAAACCUUGAAAACCAUCACCUUCAAACAUCUACUGGUUCCACUAAUCCGUCUAAAAUUCCCCCCACUCCUCUACCUCAUAGUAGCACCACCGUACCUUCAGCGAACACCACAUCACUCUCAGAGAACAAAGACCACACCAGUGAUCAAUGGCGCACACACAUCAUCAUUAUUGCUGUGGUUUGCACUGCAGCUGUUGUGGCUAUAAGCAUCUGUGUUAUAUGCUGGAGGAGGAACAAACGACGGGGCAGUCGAAAUAUAGAGCACUAAGCUUUCGAAGGUCUAAACCGGUUGAACUUUUUGUGUAAAUGCAAUCAAUCCCCCCCCCCAAUAUUCAAGCCUUGAUUCAUUAAGAUCCCAAAGAACGAGCACCCAAUCUCCACGUAAUGUAGGAUAAAAGAGUCACAUGAUCCACAUGUGAAUAUGAAAUGAUUGACAGCUGACAUUGUUGGUGUUUUUGAUAUGAAAUGACCCUCUGGAAACCCCAACACCUUUCUCCCUUACUGUUGAUCUCGGCUGUGGAUCAGGUGGUAGAGCGGGUCGUCCGUUGAUUGUAGGGUCGGCGGUUCGAUUCCCGGUCCACGUGACUCCACGUGCCGAAGUGUCCUCGGGCGAGACGCUGAACCCCAAGUUGCUCCCGAUGGCAAGUUAGCGCCUUGCACGGCAGCUCUGCUAGCAUUGGUGUGUGAAUGAGAACCAGUGGUCUAGCGACGCCCCUAGUAGUGGGUGUAAAUAGUUUUUUGAAAGUCCUCACAGAUAGACGAUUCCCAUAUCUUACGAACGCAAACAACACACCGGAGUAGUUUUUAUUCGAAAAAAGAUUCUUUUAACAAGCAGCUGAAAUGUCCGGUUUGCUUAACUGACUUAUACUGUCUCGAUUUCAGUAUUUUUGUUUGUGUUAGUGUUUGGAUGAAUAUAAUUAGUGGGUUAUGUUGUUUACUUCCUGUUUGCUUUGUGUUGUUUCGUAAAAA